AUGGACCAGAGAGUGCACCGUCUGACGGAGGCAACGGCGGCUCCGAACGGGUCAUGCCGUAAGCCGAGUACGUGGAGCCCAGCUGUGUGGGGCUCUGCGGUGGCAGCGAAGGCCCAAGGCUCAGGAGGUCUGGCAGCGGCGUGGAGGGCCCUGGCCGCGAGUAGCCAUAGGCUGGAGUCGUCGGGCCAGGCCUCGCAGGCGAGCGCGGCGGAGAUGAGGGGCCGGUGCUCGCAGGAUCGGGCGUGGGCGGGGGCGGGCCCGGGCGGCACGGGCCAUACGCUGGAGGCGGUGGGCCGGGCCGCGUGGAAGCCCUAG